UAUAGUUUAUUAACAUUUUUUUUGAUAAUAAAACCAACAAAAAAAAUAAUAAUUACAUUUGACUCUAUUAUAAUAAUUAUUGUGGAUUAAUGGAUAUUUAAUAAUAAUUAUUAUUAUUACUAUUACUAAUAAUAACAAAUAAAACACAAGACUAGAAAUGACAAUUCAAUCGCCAAAUGUCGAGUCAUUGAAGAUCUCGUCGAAAGAGGAGAAGAGGAAGUGGCGCAAGAAGUUUGUCCGAUGCGAGUCAUUGCCCAUCGAUUUGAAUCAAAAUCAGACGACAAUAAUCUCAGAAAAGCCGCCGAAAUAUUCGCAAACCAUCGAAAGAUAUCAUAUCUACAAUAUUGAUGAACUGCCCGAUGAUUGCCAAUCGCCGACGGCGGCCGCAGCCGCCAACAGUGGUGGUCCGAUGACUGGCUAUCAGUUGUUGAUAUUGAUUUUGCUAUCGUAUGGCAACUUCUGGAUCGCCGCCUGUGUUAGCCUUCAGGCGCCCUUUUUUCCCAAAGAAGCCGAAUCUAAAGGCGCCACACCCACCGAAUACGGACUGGUAUUUGGCAUCUAUGAGCUAAUGAUUGCCAUCACAUCACCACUGUUUGGCAAACUCAUAGCCAAUGUGUCUCCGCUGGCACUCUGCGAGUUGGGUCUUGUUGUGUCCGGUUUCAGUACCGCACUGUUCGGACUACUCGAUCGCCUAAACUUUGGCGUCUCAUUCAUAAUCAUGUGUAUCGGUGUCCGUAUCAUUGAGGGCAUCGCUUCGGCGGCAUUCAUGACGGCCUCCUAUGCCAUCAUAACCAAAGAGUUUACCGACAGAAUUGCCACAUCGUUCUCGACUUUGCAAACAUUUUUCGGUUUGGGUCUCAUAUUGGGCCCCACUUUAGGCGGUGCACUCUACCAAUUAGGCGGCUAUAUGUUGCCGUUUAUAGUGUUGGGCUCAUUCCUACUAUUGGGUGGUGUCGCCAUUUUCUUGUUAAUCGAAAUCGAAAUAAAGACAUCCCAACAAAAAUCUGGCAAUUUUUUGGAGUUUAUCUCCGAUUCGGGUACACUGUUGGACGCACUGGCUAUUGCAAUGUCGCUCAACUUUAUCGGCUUCAAUGCGGUCACUCUUGAGCCACAUCUACGGCAAUUUAAUCUCAGUCCGCUACUAAUCGGAUCAAUAUUUAUCAUAUUUGGUGCCACACAUGCCAUCAUUACACCCAUUUGGGGCAAACUAUGUGAAAAUGGGAUAUCGCCAAAAAAGUUAUGUAUAAUCGGUUAUCUAUUGUGUACUGUUGGCUAUUUAUUUAUUGGACCACAAUUUUUUAUACCAAUAGAGCCACAAUUGUGGCUAAUUGUAGUGUCGCUGAUAUUUAUCGGACUCGGUUUGGCCUCCAAACUGAUAACGGCAUUCAUUAGUACACUAAACGAUUCAAUCAAUAGGCGAGGCUUUCCCGACGAUAUGUCCACCUAUGGUCUGGUGUCGGCCAUGUAUUUCUCGGCCAACUCUAUCGGUGCAUUUAUUGGGCCCACAUUAGGCGGUUUCCUAUUAGAUACAAUUGGUUAUCGCAAUUCAACAUUAGUGAUACUCAUAAUUGAUUUAAUUUUGUUAACAUUACUUGUAAUAUAUUUAAUAACUAGAAAUAGAAAACGUCGUUAUUUUAAAAGUAUUGAUGAAAUUCAGCCACUUUUACAAUAUAAUUAA